UUGGGAGAGGGGCGUCUCUUACGCUCCCCGCGGCGGGACUGUCCCCCCCGCUCCCCUCCAGGCAUGAGGUCCGGCCGCCGGAAGCCCGAGAGCCCGAGGAGAAGCCCCCGGAUCCCGCCCGGCUCCCCCGGCCCUGCCCCCCGGAAUCUGCCCGAAGAAAGGGGACGAAGACCCCGUCGUCGUCCAACUCCCUCUCCCCGUCGGCGCCGGUACCGCCCAGGAAAACAGGUCCUUAAGGAAAUCCGGCGACUUCAGAAGAGCACGAACCUCCUGAUUAGGAAAACUCCUUUUGCUCGACUGGUGCGGGAGGUGUGUCUCAGUUACACCCGAGGGGUGGAUUUCCGCUGGCAGUCACAGGCUCUGUUGGCUCUGCAGGAGGCAGCAGAGGCCUUCCUGGUGCAUCUCUUUGAGGACUCCUACCUUUGCUCCCUCCAUGCCCGUCGCGUCACUCUCUUCCCAAGGGACAUCCAGCUGGCGCGGAGGAUCCGGGGCAUUCAGGAAGGCCUCGGCUGAGCCCCGGCACCCCGGGAACUCCCCUUCCGUGCCUCCCCUUUCCUUUUUCUUUUCCCUGUUGAGAAUGCCCUUCAUCCUGGUUUUCCUCCGUCUAAUUUUCCCUCUCUGAACCUUUUAUAACUAUCCUU